ACCCUAAUCCUUGGCUAAAAUCACUUGCACUUGUCUUUCUCUCUUCGUUACUCAAACUUCUCUUCUCUGUAUUUUGCAGCAAACAACAACAACAAUGGAUUCUUCUUCUUCGAGAAACAAGAAGGUCAAAUUGUCAGUGAGAAAGCAAACCCUUUUCAAGAAAUCAUCGACCAAUUUGUUGAUGAGACAAGAAACGAUUCUGAAAAAAGCUGGCGAGCUCUCCACUCUCUGCGGUAACGAAAUUUGCGUUAUCCAUUAUGACCGUGUCGGUAACCUCGUCAGAACUUGGCCCGAAGAUGAGUCCCAAGUCCAAGACAUUGCCCAAAGAUACAGCAAACUCACCGACGAAGAAAAACAAAAGAAGAGCACCAAUCUUUCAAAGUUCCUGAACAAGAAGAUGCACGACGAGAAGAAGAGAUAUCCAGUUGAAUUCUCGCAAAAAGUGCAAGAUCUUGAAGGUUCCUUGGUAUAUAAGUUACAGCUAUUACAAGACAUGAUGCUUCGUGACGAUCAUCACGCCGAGCCAGAUCAGAGCAUUACUAAUCUUCUCAGGAAUGGUUCAACAAGUACCGAGCAAGACCUGAGUCGUGGUGAUGAUGUUUACAACUCCACUGCAACCGGUUCUUUGAAUCAUCCGAGUAAAUAUUCAAUCUUUAUGUUUAACCAUGAAAACGCUACUUUAACACAAUUGCCUCGCUCAAGCCUUGACCAAUCGUUGAUUCCCUCUUAUUACAACAAUCUCAAUGACAGUAGGACUUUGCUUGGGGCACAAGGCUUCAACGACAACAACAAUCUCAGUACUACGCAAGGCUUCUUCAACUUUGGCUAUGACAACAAUGCUUUACCUGGGGAACAAGUUAACUUUGGAUACUACAACAGUCUUCUUGGUACACAAGGGUUUGGUGGAUAUGACAACAAUCUCAACUACAUGAUGGUGUGAAGUUGUAUCAUCCUCUUUCAGACCCUCACUGACUCCACGUUUCUUAAACCCUUGUUGAUCACAACACGUCUGCUUCAUCCAAUUAUUCCAUUUUGUAUUAAUCGUUGUGCUUAUGUAUAUAUAUAUUCUUCAUUCAAGUCCAUUUUUCUGUAAUAUAUGAUUUGACUAAUCUCAUUACUCCUUUUGUUACACAA